AUGCAGAACCCUGGUGAAGCCCAGUUCUUCUUGCCGAGCAAAGUUGAAGCUGCCAAACAGCGCAUUCAAGAUAUUGAAUCCCAGAAAGAGCAGGAUAAGAUUAAUGCAGCAAUUCUUCGUACACAAGAAGCACUUGAACGCGAAAGGAGAGAUCGAAAGAACCAAGAAAAGCGAGAAAGUCGGAUCCGUGAGCGAGAAGCGAAGAAGCAACAAAAAGAGCUUGAAAAAGAGCAGCGUCGCAUAGCGCGGGAGACUAAAAGACAAGCUAAAGAUGAUUAG